AUGAGUGAUCUCAUCAAUCCCCAGAAUGACCCUAACGUGGGAUCAUCUCGGGGCAAUGCCUCCUCGACGACAUCCGAGGCGAUGAGUGACCUGGGAGUCGAGAGUUCAACGUCUCUUUCGUCCCUAGUGACCACUCUGUGUCCGGCAUUGGUGAUUGCAGUGUUCUGGUUCGGACUGUUCCUGAUCUGCCGUCGAACCCAAUUGCGCUGGUACGCACCGAGGUCUCAUCUACCCUCCUUUCACAUCCAUGAACGGAGUCCGCAGCUGCCGACGGGCUUCCUCAACUGGUUCGGGCAUUUCCUCAAGAUCUCCGACGCCCAUGUGUUACAUCACUCUUCCAUGGAUGGCUAUCUCUUCCUCCGGUUCCUAAGAGUGCUCUGCGCGACAUCUUUCACUGGAUGUCUUAUCACCUGGCCCAUCCUACUGCCGAUACACGCCACCGGCGGAGCAGGAAAUACGCAGCUGGAUGCGCUGAGCUUCAUAAGCGAUUUCCCCAAGCAAAUACUUGACGCAGCUGACUCCCCAGCCUUCGUCUUCUACGUCGUGACGCGAGAAAGCAUCUUCUAUGCAAACCUACGCCAAGCGUAUCUCAACUCCCCGGCAUACGUAGACCGCAUCUCCUCGCGCACGGUACUCUUCAUGUCCGUCCCGGAGGACUACAAAAACGAGAAAACCCUGCGUCAGGUCUUUGGGGACUCCAUCCACCGGAUCUGGAUCACCUCCAACUGCGAGGAGCUGCAGAAGAAGGUCCGGGAGAGGGAAGACCUCUCGUACAAACUCGAACGCGCAGAGACCCGACUCAUCCGACGCGCCAACUCCGCCCGCCUGAAGAUCCUCAAGAAAGGAGGUGUCCCCUGCGAGAGCUGCUGCGACGACUGCGAGAGCGGCAGUAAUCCGUCGCUCUACCACGGCGUGCGACGGCCAUGCCACAGACGCAAGCUCUUCUUCGGCGAAAAGAUCGACACGAUCGACUGGCUGCGCGCACAGCUGGCCCAAGUGACGGAGGAAGUGACCAGUCUACAGCGGAAACACAAGGACGGCGAUGCGAAGCAGCUCUCUGCUGUCUUUAUCGAGUUCAAUUCACAGUCGGAUGCGCAGAUCGCCUUGCAGACCCUGUCGCACCACCAACCGCUGCACAUGACUCCGCGAUUCAUCGGUAUCGCCCCGUCGGAGGUAGUCUGGUUGGCGCUGAAUCUCAGCUGGUGGCAGCGCAUCGUGCGCAAGUUCCUCGUCCAGGGCGGCAUCGCGGCAUUGGUCAUUUUCUGGUCCAUUCCCUCCGCCCUAGUCGGCACCAUCUCCAACAUCACCUAUCUCUCCAAGAUGAUCCCCUUCCUGGGUUGGAUCAACGACCUCCCGGAGACUAUCAAAGGUGUCAUUUCCGGAUUGCUCCCGUCAGCCGCACUGGUCUUGCUGAUGUCUCUGGUGCCGAUCAUCUGUCGAUUCUGUGCCAAACGCGCCGGCGUCCCAUCCACCUCCCGCGUGGAGCUGUUCACGCAAAGCGCCCACUUCUGCUUCCAGGUCGUGCAGGUCUUCCUCGUGACGACGCUGACGUCCGCCGCCUCGGCCGCCACCGCGCAAAUCAUCAAAGACCCUCUCUCGGCUAAGGACCUCCUCGCCAAGAACCUGCCCAAAGCGACCAACUUCUACAUCUCGUACUUCCUCCUGCAGGGCCUAACGAUGAGUUCGCUGGCCGUUGUGCAAGUCGCCGGCGCGCUCGUCUUCAAGUUCAUCACCACGUUCUUCGACCACUCGCCGCGCCACCUCUACCAGCGCUGGUCCGCGCUCAGCGGCAUCAGCUGGGGGAACGUGUUCCCCGUGUUCACCAACAUGGGCGCCUCUACCUCGUCUACCAAGCCUACCGCUACAACUUCCUCUUCGUGGCGCGGUCGGCCCGCUCGUCAUCAUGGUGCUCUUCAUGAUCCUCACGGUGCUGGCGCACAUCUCGCUGAACGAGGCCCUCGAGCCGCUGUACACCUUCCUCCCGCGCACGCUGGACGUCGAGGAGGAGGCGCAGGCCGCCAAGCAGGAGGCGUACACGCAGCAGCCGCUGAGCCGCUGGGAGGCCGCGUGGAAGUGGUUCCAUCCGAAUCUGUACCGCGACUAUGCGGCGCUGCGCCGGAAGGUGCGCCGCGACCAUGUCGAGAUCCGGUACUCCGAGGAGGAGCGCGAGAACGCCUACUACGAGCCGUGCAUAACGGCGCCCAUGCCGACGCUGUGGAUCCCCCGCGAUAA